GACAGACGGCCCAAGAAGAGACAAACUGCCUUUAUCCACGGACUUAGAGUCAGAUUACCCAGAGCUGUCUUAUCUGUUACAGGACCAGCAGGAGCCUCAAUACUCCUCUCUUGCCUCUUCCCACUGGCUCUCAUAUCCAGCACAGUGGCUCUCAGCAUCCAAACAAUGAUUGCAUGAACCAGGGAUGUCGCAUCCCGCUCCGUCCCCCAUCUACACCCUGAGGGGAGCUGGAGGGCCCCUUAACACCCUUCACUUCAGCUGCCUUGCAGGGGACACUCCCCUCUUAUUUUCUGGGUCAGGACAUGGCGUCGUCCAUAUCUGGAACCUGAACAGCAGGAGGGCUGAGAGGAACUUAGAAGGUCAUUCUGGUAGCUCGGUCAUCUGGGUCAACACACUGCAGUCAACGGGAGCCCUCCUCAGUCAGGGACGGGACAUGCAGGUCUGCCAGUGGGACCUGAGAGAAGGUCGCAGUGAGGUAGUGGACUCUGUAUGGACUGGCAGCGUUGGGUUCUGUCAGUGCUCCCUGCUGGAGUCGAGCUCUGGAAGCUCCCUGCUGGCCUUUGCUGGACAACAGACAGAGGAGAUCAAGAUCAUUGAUCUGCCCAGUAAGAAACCAGUCUGCACCCUGGUACCAGAUGCUAAGGUGGGGAUGGUCAUGUGUAUCAAACUGUGGCAGCCAGACUCUGGUCCUGGGCCUCUCCUGUUGGCUGGUUACGAGGACGGGUCCCUGUUGCUGUGGGACGUAACCCAGAGGUGCAAGCUGAGUGAGGUCAAAGCCCACCCUGAGCCCAUCAUGUGCCUGACCUUUGACACCAAGCGUCUGAGGGGCAUAUCUGCCUCCUCUGAAAAGAAGCUCUCCUCUUGGAUACUGGACAGACAGAACAACCUGCAGCUCCAGGACCUCAGUGUGACGUUAGUCAACCCCGGUGUUUCCCAGCUGUGCGUCAGGGAGGACGGCAAGCUUCUGGCUUCAGCAGGCUGGGACCACCGAGUGCGGGUAUUUGGCUGGAAGAAGCUGCGACCACUGGCUGUGCUUCAGUACCACAGUGACAUGGUGUUAAGUGUGGCCUUCUCAGACCAUCAGGACCCCAGACAAAGACUGCUGGCUGCCGGAUCCAAAGAUCAGAGGAUCAGCCUGUGGUCAAUAUACAGCGAGGGAGCCAACAGUAGCUGAACGUCUGAGCUGGAGGAGGACAAACAGACUUUGACUCAAACGUUGUCAUCUGGACUGAUGCAGGGAUUCGACUGCUGCUGGAUAUUUCCUACAACCUUAAGUAUUUCAUUAGACCUCAAAGAAUUGAGCAAAACAAACAAAAAAAAAACCUUCCCCCCAAGUUGUACCACAGAAGCAUUUCUGUUAUUUACCCGAACCACAUUUUUGAAACGGGUGUACAAAGAUAAUAAGAAAUACAAUGCAAUUCACCAAAAAUGAAACCCUUUAAAAAUGCAGCUGAAAGAACACCUCAUAAAGAAAACUGGACAUUGGACAUUUCAAGGAGAUGGGGUUCAGAGCUGGACUUCUUUAAGGCCAUAUGAAAUUGCAUUAGCUUGUGUUUUACCUUGUAAACCGUUUCUUUUUGUGUGUCAUGACCAGAAUAAUGAUGCCAAGUACAUUAGAUAUGCUAAUGUUCCAAGGUCCAAUAUCAAAAACGAAAGAGAAUCAAAAACAAUUUAGUUAUUUGAUAAAGAUGUGACGAAACGGAUAAGAAAAAUUUUCUAAUAUGUUCUAUCAGAAGUCAUUUCAAUAUGAUGUUUUUUAUCAUUAUAUAAUUUUUCGUGUUAAGCUGAGUGAAAAUGGCUCUCUCUUUCAAACGUUUAAUUCGGCUUUAGAGAUGUUUUCCAGCCUUCAGUUUUCUAAAAGCCUGACGCGAUGGUUUGCGCAGCUAAAGGUGAUUGUGUUGACUUAUCUGAUGGGAGAUUUGCUUCAGUGGACUUGAAUUUGUGCUAUACAGCGCGCACCUGAGCUGCUGUGUAAUCCAGUGUUGUUAUUCUAGCAGGUCGUAGGUGAACACACAGGCGCUGCGGCCUGACCUGAGCUGUGUUUGUCAAACAAGGUUAAUCACAGCAGCGGACGCAGAGAAUAGUGAGAUGUUGGUUUAGCAAAGCUGCUGAUUUUGCUCCUGCUCUCCUUGGAAAGCGGUAUUUGUCGAUGAACUGAUUUGUUUUUAUUCGAGCUUCAUUUAAAGAAGGAAAAAAAGGCAAAAGAGUAUUUUACUAAAGGAGAAUUUAGAAACAUUUUAAAAGUAAAAUAAUCUGUAUUUUAACAUCCCUUUGAUCACACAUUUAAACUGAAUGCAAAUACAGAUGUCAAACUGACAUUUGUCAAGAAAGAAAGUCCCAGAGAAAAUACAGAGGUGUUGUUUUUCUGUCCACCAUCUCUAAUAAUAUCUCUGCAUGAGAGCUCAUGUGUUACAACAUUGUGUUGAGAGGCCCCGGGGGGGAGGUGGGGGGUGCAGAGUUUCAAACGCUAGAUGUUCUGCUUCAUAAAGGCUUUGUCUCCUGGGAUGACCCUGAACUGAGAAGCUCAUCGUGCAGUACAGGAAAGGCCUGAGAAAUCAAAGAGCCAGACUUGGUAUAAUGGCCUCCGAUCAUUAGUGAGCAGAGGAAAGACGAGGUCAUUUACCAGACAAGGCUGCCUUACUGUGAUGCUACUGUCCCAGAAAACAAGUGUGUAACUCCAGUGUUACGCCUCGAAUUCAAGUUGCGUUUUGUGUUGAAACUGUUUUUAAAGCUGCAGUGUGUAACCUUUUUUUGUGACAUUUUUAUUAAUCUUCCGUUUAGUCCACGUGAACAGAAACGACGUAGCGUCAUUUCUAUGCUGCGUUCUUCACCUGAAAACAGGCUCUGUCAAGCAAAACUAUCAGACCUGAGUGUUUGUGUGUAUACAUUAGCAUCAGUUAUGCAUUUAUCCCCUCACACUGCUCAGCAGGUAGAUGUUUGAACAGUAGAAUUCACUUCUGUAACAUUUUAUAUGGGUGAGUCUUUGUGUUGUCAGUUUGUAGCUGUUAUGAUUUACUAAAUGUUGUUACUCGUCAAUCUCUUCCUGUGUGCGGCGCAAGAAUGCAGCUGGGCGACCUCUGACCUCUAUACUGAGAUACUUAGAGAUUCAUGUGCGGCUUAAUCAGCGGUGUGUAAACCCAUUAGAUGAUGGUUUGAAUCUAACAUGCAGUCGUCCAUAUUUAUAAGAUAUUCUCUACUUUUUUACUAUGUUUUUUGCUCGCUGCCAGCAUUAUCUUUAGGAAGGUGUCAUUUUUGGAUUGUUCUUCAGUAAUAUGUCAAAGGUAAAGGGAUGUGAAAGCUGAUACUGAUAUCUAGUGUUAUCAUUACAUCAAUUGUUGAAAGCUUUUGUCAGUUUACAAAACCCCUGGACUAAGGACGUUGUCCCCCUCUACCACCAAGUGCCUGGUUUUAAUGACAUGUUUUCCUUGUCCCUCACACAGCUCCAUCUAUACCUUUUGUGUGUGACCCCACUGGUGACAUCUCGUAUUCAUAAUAGCUUCCUAACUCUCCUGUUGGCUUUGAACAAACACACGGAGUGGCGUGGGCCAGCUUCCGUCCAUUCUCUGAUAAAUCAAUUGCUGCGUCCACUGGUGCAGAUGUCUGCUGAAUGGAGCAGACAGACGGACACCCACUGGCCUCAGAAGUGGCUGCUGGACCUCGUAAAUCACUUCAUAAUGGAUCAUUUAGGAAGUCAAUAAAUGGACAGGGAAGCUGUCGGCACAACAGGCCCCGUGCUUCACUUAUCACCGAA